AUGAGGGCAAAAGUUCCAAGGAACUUUAAAAGCCCUGACAUGGAUCUGUACGACGGAACUACCGACCCAAAGCAUCACCUAAGUAAUUUUAAAAGUCGGAUGUACUUGGUGGACACGUUGGAUGCAACGCGCUGCAAGGCAUUUUCGAUGACUUUAACAAAGGCGGCCAUGAAGUGGUUUGAUGGAUUACCCUCCAGUCGAAAAGGUCGUGGCGUCAGCACUGAUACGGAAGAUGAGGUUGGGAAGCACGUUGUAUACUUCACCAGUAAAGUUCUGCAAGGCCCCGAGCUAAGGUACCAAAAACUCGAGAAGUUUGCGUAUGCCUUAAUAGUGGCGUCUCGAAUGCUACGACCUUAUUUUCAAGCUCAUACAAUAAAAGUUCAAACGAACCAGCCCAUGAAGCAAAUUCUUCUAAAAACAGAUAUUGCGGGUAGAAUGGUUCAAUGGGCUAUGGAACUAUCCGAGUUCGACCUGAAGUAUGAAACUUGGACAGCAAUUAAAGCCCAAUGCCUGACCAACUUCAUGGCAGAAUACGUGGGAGAUCAGGAGGAGGUUUCCACAAUUUGGGAGUUGUACAUGGACGGCUCUUCCAAUAAAGUCAGAGGCGGUGCAGGCUUGAUAUUGGUCAACCAAGAGGAGACCCAAAUAGAAGUCUCCCUCAAAUUUGAAUUCCUGGCCUCCAACAAUCAGGCCGAAUAUGAAGCCUUGAUUGCCGGGUUGAAGUUAGCAGAAGAAGUCGGUGUAACCAAAAUAGUGGUCUUUAGUGACUCUCAAGUGGUGACUUCUCAAAUCAACAGAGAGUAUCAGACUAAAGACCCAAACAUGAAAAGGUACUUAGACAAAAUGUUAGAGUAUCUUAGGCGAUUCUUAAAGACCGAGGUCAGACACAUAACUCGGGAGCAUAACAGCAGAGCAGACACCCUCUCCAAGUUAACAAGUACCAACCCAGAAGGAAAUAACAGAAGUCUGAUCCAAGAAACCCUCCAAGAGCCCUUUGUUACGAAGACGGGGGCUAAACAAGAUGUCUUAGAGAAGGAUGCUACCGACUUCGUGAAAAAAUGUCAGCCAUGCCAAAUGUAUGCUAACUUUCAUGUUGCUCCCCCCGAAGAACUUAUCAGCAUAACUUCUCCAUGGCCUUUCACAAAAUGGGGAUUGGACCUACUCGGACUUUUUUCCCAAGCGCCUGGACAAGUAAAAUACCUCAUAGUGGGGAUAGACUACUUCACGAAGUGGAUCGAAACAGAGCCCUUAGCCACCAUCACAGCUCAGAGAAGUCAGAAGUUCCUCUACAAGAAUAUCAUUACUAGGUACAAAAUUUCCCAUUCCGUCACCAAGGAUAAUGGUAGCCAGUUCACCGACUCUACAUUCAUAAACUUGGUAGCCAGUAUGAAAAUCAAGCACCAGUUCACCUCGGUUGAGCACCCACAAGCAAAUGGGCAAGCAGAAGCAGCCAAUAAAGUCAUACUGGCCGGAUUGAAGAAAAUGUUUCAAGAUGCAAAGGGGGCUUAG